GCAAAACAUGGACGGUAAAAAGCAGCCAUCGCUGAUGGCGAAUUGCUACCAUGGACAGCGACCACGGAGUGUGCACGUCCAGGAUCUUGUUGCAUUGAAUUUAGAACGUUUUCGUUGCUGUCACAACUUGGGUUUACUUCCGAGCCUAAUGUAAAGCAUUAGGUAGGAGAUACAUCGAGCCAAGCAGCGAAAUAGCGUAGCAGCGAAAUAGUGUACCAGAGUGAUGACAAUUCAGCCACCAGGAGCCAACAUCUAACUGUAGCCUAUAGACGAUAGAAAGAUAUCAGAGAGAUUUGAUCACUUGACAUGGAGGCUAUUCUUAACUCGAAAUGUGCACAUUUUCUCCAAGAGCUCAUAUAAUCAGAUGGUGGUAUAGCCUUCACCAUUGCAAUUGGGGGAAACUAAUCAAAAUGUGUCAUGUAUCCUUAUUUCACAUUCUCCACUACAACAAGGUAAAGUGGGCUCCUUAAGACAACGAUAUUCUGUUAACUGGUUGAAUUGAGCAAGUUAACUCCGCUUGAGAACCUGAUAAAGGGACAAAUAAUUUCACAUCACUGAGAUCUAAAUGCAAUGCCAGAUUCCACUGCGUCAUGCAACGCGACCAUUAGGCUUCGUCCGCAAUCAUGUAGGCUAAUAGUUAUUAGGCUAUUAAUCAUAAAGUUGUACAUUUUCUGCGUUCCGACAGCGACUGCAUUUAUGAAUAGUCUAUAUGAAGGCCUGCAUUGUAUACUUUUCUAGAGUGUGGGUGGUGAACUUGUAAGAUAGGCUAACUGUUAUAGUAUACUGCCUAUAGGCUAUACGACGUUUGGAGAAAAGCAAGUCUUAUCCACAUCGCUGACUUCAGCCGACCACGAACCCCCGGUUCACUCCAGCAGGAAUCACAUCUGAGAGACAAUCUAUCCGCAAUGGCCAGGCUGCGAAAGAAAGCGUGCAUAGCUCUGUUUUUAUUUACACUCUUCGUUUUUGGAACCAUGAUGGGUUUGAGAACUCUGAAGCCCAGCGAUGGGUUCUCAGACCUGGCCCCGGGGUUGGACCUUAUGCCGAUGAUUGGAGGAAGGAUGGACCGGCGCUCGGUGUCCCAAGACGUCGUCUCCUCCCCGGGGCAGGUGCGCGCCAAAGUAGUUUUAUCAAACUCGGGACCUGAAGGAACCAUAUUUUACGACGUCCACAUAUUUUACAGCGUGUGGUACGGGAACCCGUCGAUGGAUGGGAAAUACAUGCACUGGGACCAUGUCCUCGUGCCACAUUGGGACCCCAAAAUCGCCGCCAGCUACCCGAAAGGGAGGCAUAUGCCGCCGGAGGACAUCGGCUCCAGUUUCUACCCCGAUCUUGGUCCGUACAGCUCGAGAGAUCCCGAUGUAUUGGAGUCACACAUGGAGCAGAUUGGAGCGGCUGCUGCAGGGGUGCUGGUGCUGUCCUGGUAUCCUCCGGGCCUGGCCGAUGACAACGGGGAGCCCACAGAGGACCUGGUGCCGGCCAUCCUGGACGCUGCUCACAGACACAACCUCAAGGUUGCAUUUCACCUCCAGCCUUACAGAGGGCGGAGCGACCACAGUGUCCAUGACAAUAUCAAGUAUAUCAUCGACAGGUACGGGGACCACGGAGCCUUCUACAAGUUCACCUCUAGCACGGGGAAUAUCCUGCCUCUGUUCUACAUUUAUGACUCGUAUCUGACGCCACCCGAGAACUGGUCCGACCUACUCCACCCCACGGGCUCCCACAGCCUGCGUGGCACGCCGUAUGACAGUGUCUUCAUCGCCCUCAUUGUGGAGGAGCGCCACAAGCACGACAUCCUUGCCGGGGGUUUCGAUGGCAUGUACACGUACUUCGCCUCCAACGGGUUUUCUUUUGGUUCGUCCCACCAGAACUGGAUCGCGGUCAAGGCGUUCUGCGACGGUAACAACCUGUUAUUUAUACCUAGCGCCGGGCCGGGCUACAUCGACACCGCGGUCAGACCGUGGAACAACCACAACACGCGCAACCGCGUCAACGGCCGCUACUACGAGACGGCCUUGCAGGCGGCGCUGAACGUGCGGCCCGAGAUCGUCACUAUAACGUCGUUCAACGAGUGGCACGAGGGCACACAGAUCGAGAGGGCUGUGCCAAAAAAGACGGUGACCAGGUUGUAUUUGGAUUACCAGCCGCACCAACCUGAAUACUACCUGGAGCUCACCAGGAGGUGGGCAGAGCAGUUCAACAAGGAGAAAGAGACAUGGCUUAUGUGAGCUGGCACUGUGUGUGUGAAAGAGAGAGAAAAAGCAUGAGUGACUGUAGAGGUUUAUGAAUGUGUGAGAGACGUGCGUGGGAAUUGGACUGGCAAAAAAAAAAAAAAAAGAGAACAGGGAGAAAUCCUCUUGAUUUAACUUUUUUGGUAGCGAAAAAUUGCAUUUUGUGGUACAUUUGGGAUAUUCUACAGUUGACACUUAUGUGCAACAAUAAGCUCCCCAUCCUGCUUGCCAUAUCUCUGCCCUGGAUUCUGUCUCCUGAUAACCUCCAGACAAACCCCAUCCCUGCUACAAGCAUGGAUGGACACAUCAAUAGUCCAAUAUACUGUAUACAGUACACUCUGUCCUACUUUGACAAACCACUGCAACCAUCUGUUUGAUACAAUGCAACCUGGCAUGACUUCUCUUUCUGCACAAUCCUUUUAAGUUUUAAAAUGAUAAUU